AUGAUCAAACAUGUUCCCGAACUUUCAUCAUGUAAUGGUAUUGAUUUUCUUAAUAUUUCUUCUCAGUGUAACAAGGUAUUCAACACUGCCUAUUCACCUCUUAUUGUGGCUCUCAAUGUUGGCUCGCUGAAAUGUGUGAAGCUUCUGAUUAAGGCUGGCGCUGAGGUGAAGGGUGUUGGCACUGUAACCCCCUUAACAAUUGCUGCCAACAAUGGCUUAACUGACUUCUACAAGUGCUUACUGGAGGCUGGUGCAGAUCCUGAUGUUCGUAAUGAUGAUGACUCCAUGAACACCAUGAAUCCAGCUGAUCUCAAGUUAGAAGAAAGCAAGGCAAAUAAGAGAAACGAUUAUGCUACUGCAGUCAAACUUUACUCUAUGGCAGCAGACCGCUGCCUAGAUGAUGCAACACUGUACUCAACUAGGAGCCUUUGCUGGCUUAAGAUGGGUGAAGGAGACCAAGCUUUGAUGGAUGCUGGAAUUUGCAAGAUGAAGCGCCUAGGUUGGGUAAAGGCCUGCUACCUGCAAGGAUCUGUUCAAAUUUUACUGCUGACAGCUUGCAGUCCAGGAUUGGGUUGGAUUCAGCCUCGUCGGGGCAGCCAUCACAGCCAAGAGUAA